CGUGGAAGCCGUCAUCAAGUCUCAAUUCGGACAAGGUAACGGCGAGUUUCUUAUGGACAACGUGCACUGUAGAGGUACGGAGUCGUCGCUGGUCGAAUGUCCGCACAACGGAUGGAGGCUGCACGACUGCCGGGUGAACGAGGUCGCUGGAGUGAUCUGCAGAACACCGAAAAAGGGUAUGCGCGUCUUGUGGCUGUUCUCUCCAUUCGAGGUGCGCCUGGUGAACGGGACCUCUCCUAAUUCUGGUCGCGUUGAGCUGAAGUACUUCGAGAAAUGGGGUACAAUCUGCGACGAUGGCUUUGAUGACACUGCUGCCCAGGUGGUCUGUCGGAUGCUGGGAUACAGUGGGGCAGCAAGAGCGCACGGAAAGGCGAGAUUCGGAGCAGGAGACGGCCCUAUCUGGAUGGACGACGUGUCGUGUAAGGGAAACGAAGACAGACUAGCGCAGUGUUACAGCUCUAAGCCGGGUCUACACAACUGCAUGCACGGCGAGGAUGCGGGAGUUACGUGCUCCGUAGCUACACCGGUCCACAACCCGCUACCAGCAGACGAUGACGACUGCUGCGAGUGCGGUAAUCGCUUCAUAACAGAGCAGACGAACGACCCAGCUGCCAUGUCCGCCAAGGUCAUCGGGGGUUUUGAGGCUAGCUACGGCGCAUAUCCCUGGCAGGCGGGACUCCGAAAAAAGUCCAAGUGGGGCUUCUCGACUAAAUCACACUGCGGUGCAACUAUUAUUGGACAGUGGUGGGUUGUCACUGCGGCACACUGUGUGGAAGACUACCCGAAGAGCUACUACGUUGUACGGGUAGGGGAUUGGGAUAAUAGAAAACCCGACACAUACGAGCAAGAGUUCGACAUCGAGGACAUUUUCGUCCAUCGCAAGUGGAAUAUAGGACCGCAAAUGUCAGACGACAUCGCUCUGAUACGCAUUAAGUACGAUGACAGUGGACACGGAAUCAUCUUUAAUCGGCACGUGCAGCCGGCCUGUCUACCGAGCGCCGACGCGAUCUACCUCGCCGGCACCAAGUGCCUCAUAUCCGGCUGGGGCAACAUCGCAAACUCUAGAAGCUACUAUCCGCGCAAACUGCAGGCGGCGACGCUGCCGCUGAUAUCACAUGCCGACUGCAGUCACUACAACGUCUACGGACGUAAGAUCACCGACGACAUGUUCUGUGCCGGUUACCUGGAAGGAGGUGUCGACACCUGUAAGGGAGACUCCGGCGGGCCUAUAGUCUGCGACAUUGGCGGUAACCACACGUUGUUGGGCGUCGUGAGCUGGGGCGUUAGCUGUGGAAACGCGUACAGCCCAGGCGUGUACACGCGCGUAUCCAGCUACGUUAACUGGAUCCACAGGGAAAUGAGAGGUUACGUACCACCACCGCAAUGAUCACUCACACACGCGUUGAUUCUUACAUAGUUAUAUUCUCAUAUUCAGUAUUUUAGUUAGAGAGCAUGUAUAUUGUUAUCGUUGUAGCCGAGUUGCAUAUUUAACGAAGAAGUUCCUUAGCCGCUAUUUUGCAUCAAUGUUAAUUACGAUUUGUCAUGUGUCAACUCUUCGGGCGGAAAUGUCGUCAGGCGUAGUUAUGUCGCGCCAAUGUCGACAGUGCGUGACAGAUGACGUAAUGUAGCGAUCCGCUUAUCACACUAGUUCUCAUAACCCCGUAAAAAUUAUUCUUCAAAAUCUAAGGGACUGUAUGGAAGAGUAGAUAUAGUGUAAGGGGAGAGUCAAUGUUGAUCUAAUAGAUCAACACUGCGGAUUGCCGUAGAAAAAGUUUUAACUUUACUGGAAGUAGAGAAGAACGGAAAAAACUCCAAUGAUCAAAUUUCACUUUACCAUGAUAAACCUUGCAAAUACCAUCACUUACUUUCCUCGGGUUUCGCAUUUGAAACAGCCUUACUCUGUUGCUCAGGUCUCUGUGUGUCCCGCAUACAUGUGCAGAAUAAUGUAUAGUGUGCUAGAUGACAUUAGACAUUUUUAACGGUAGACGUAAAAACGAUUAAAAUAUCAAAGUUCGUUUGAUUGCUCAUAAA